GAGCUCCAGAUUAGCAGAUCACAAUAAAUAAGACACCAUAUUUUAGAUAUAUGCAAAUGCAAAAAUAUAAGAACAUAUGUCUGGCAAUUAAUUAAUUAAUUAAUAAACAGUCAUACUUUGUCCAGGAACCUGAUAGCGGUUGGAAAAUAGCUCACGUGAGUUCAUACAGGCCUGGAACAGGUUGCGGUUAAGGUUGUGAGCGUCUUUGAUCAACCAUUGGCUGGGCAGUGCAUCAGUGCUCGUACAUCUUCUGGAAGAAAGGAAACUCACUUCCCAUAAUAGGCUCUGCCUCCCUCACCACUCUCUUUGAGAUGAUUUAAGAUACUGUGGUUAUAGACGGAUGGACAUGGUCACAUGAUACUAAGGAGUCCAAAGUAUGCCAAGAAAGUAUCCCCCACACAUUACACCACCAGCAGAGCUGCUGAUGUAAGGGAGGAUGCAGCCACGCUUCCAGGUUGUUUACUGAGCCCACCAUCUGAACUUUGCAGGAGGAUUUGAGACUCAUCAGACCAGGCAACGUUUUUCCAAUCUUCUGUUGUCUAAUUCUGUUGACCUGUUGCAAGUUGUAACUUCACUUUCUUCACAGGAGUGGCACCUAGAGUGGUCUUUGUGCCUCUGUAGUCCAAGGUUUGGGAUUUUGUGCAUUUAAAGAUGCUCUUCUGCAGACCUUGGUUAUAAUAAGUGGUUAUUCGAGUUACUGUUGUCAUCAGCAUGAAGCAGUCUGCCCAUUGUCCUCCAAUCUCUGGCAUCAGCAAGGCAUGUUCACCUAGAGAACUGCUGCUUACUGGAUAUUUUCUCCUUUUCAGACCAGCCUAUGUAAAAGCUAGAGAUGGCUGUGUGGGAAAAUCCCAGUAGGUCAGCAGUUUCUAUGACUCUGACCUAUAACCAUGCCACGUUCAAAGUCACUCAGAUCACCUUUCUACUCAGUUUGAACUUCUAAGACUGGGAAGUCUACAUAACAGAUCUGAGCUUGUUAAAUCUGGGCCUGGAAAGAAGCUGAAACUAAACUGAAACAUUUCUAGAUGGAUAGAAAGAUGACGCUUCUACCCUUGUUUCGUCAUCUCAAGCUGCUCCGAUGUCUGGCAGCUCACCGUGUAUUUAUGUAUUUUUAAGCAGUGAGUACUUUUCAGUGUGAGUACCCACCACACAGCCUUUGUUAGAACUAACUACAGUCUACUCUUGAGUCACCGCAGCUCCGCUCCAGCUCGGUCUCACCUAACGACAGACUGGCGAACACACGGGCCUCCAGGUGAGUUCAGUUUGUCUAACGAGGUGCUAGGAGUGGAUUUGCAGCCAGUGCAGUCAGGGGCUCCACAGCUCAUACGCCGGUCACAGCGGGCAAAUUGAUCCAGAGCUGAGGGCAGCGUUGUCUCCAGACUGCCACAUGACGCCUGUUUUCGACGAGCGCUCCUUCCACAGCCCCCUGUACCACAGCCCCACCCACGACCCACAGGGCUCCCUCUACAGGACAAACACAGGAAUGGGGACUCUCCCUCGGACCACAAGCCAUUGCAGCACGCUGCCGUACCAAAGAAGCAGCUAUGGGCUGAGCUCUGCAGCUGUAUACGUCGACUCCUUCAGGGUUCCCGGCGAGCCCGUCUACUCACACAGGCACUCUGGACUGGUGGACCAGGUGGUCACCCGAACCCCGUCCAUCGAGAGCAUCCAUAAGGACCCCAGGGAGUUUGCUUGGCGUGACCCCGAGCUGCCCGAGGUCAUCCACAUGCUGCAGCAUCACUUCCCCUCUGUCCAAGCCAACGCCGCCGCCUACCUGCAGCACCUGUGCUACGGAGACAACAGGGUCAAGGUGGAGGUUUGUCACCUGGGAGGGAUCCAGCACCUGGUGGACCUCCUGGAUCAUAAGGUGGCCGAGGUUCAGAAGAGUGCCUGCGGGGCCCUGAGGAACCUGGUGUACGGCAAGGCCACCGACGACAACAAGGUGACGCUGAGGAACUGCGGUGGCGUGCCUGCCCUGCUCCGCCUCUUCCGGAAAACGACUGACAAUGAAGUCCGUGAACUGGUCACCGGCGUCCUGUGGAACCUCUCAUCGUGCGACGCAGUGAAGAUGACCAUCAUCCGCGAUGCUCUGACCACGCUGACCAACACAGUCAUCAUCCCCCACUCAGGCUGGAGCAGCGUUUCUCACCGCGACGAGCACAAAGUCAAAUUCCAGUCCUCCAUGCUGCUUCGCAACACCACCGGCUGCCUGAGGAACCUGAGCUCAGCAGGGGAGGAGGCGAGGAGUCAGCUGCGGUGCUGUGAAGGUCUGGUCGACUCGCUGCUCCACGUCCUCAGAGCCUGCGUCAACACCUCCGAUUAUGACAGCAAGAUAGUGGAGAACAGCGUCUGCACCCUGAGGAACCUUUCGUACCGCCUGGAGGUGGAGAUGCCCUCCUCUCGUCUCCUCGGCAACCAGGAGCUGGACACCCUGCUGGGGUUCUCCUCCCCAGCCAAGGAGCUGGACUACCUCUGCUGGGGCAAGAGGAGGCGUGGCAGGAAGAGAGGCGGCUGGCCCGACUCCAAGUGGGACGGCGUCGGGCCAAUCCCGGGUUUCUCCCAGUCUCUGAGAGGAGCGGAGCUGCUGUGGCACCCGAUGGUGGUGAAGCCAUACCUCAACCUGCUGGCUGAAAGCUCCAACCCCGCCACCCUGGAGGGCGCUGCCGGGUCCCUCCAGAACCUCUCUGCAGGAAACUGGAAGUUCUCGGCCUACAUCCGAGCAGCGGUGCGUAAGGAGAAGGGCCUUCCCAUCCUGGUGGAGCUGCUGAGGAUGGACAACGACCGGGUGGUCUGCUCCGUCUCCACCGCUCUGCGUAACAUGGCAUUGGACAGCCGCAACAAGGAACUGAUAGGAAAGUACGCCAUGCGGGAUCUGGUGAACCGGCUGCCUGGCGGCAGUCCCUCUGUGCUGUCAGACGACACGGUGGCAUCGGUCUGUUGCACGCUGCAUGAAGUCAUCAGCCGCAACAUGGAGAACGCCAAAGCUUUAGCUGACAGCGGAGGCAUCGAGAAACUGGUGGAUAUCAGCAAAGGUCGAGGGAAAGGAUAUUCGAUGAAGGUUGUGAAGGCAGCUGCUCAGGUGCUGAACACCCUGUGGCAGUACAGAGAGCUGAGGACCCUCUACAAACAGGAUGGCUGGAACUACACCCACUUCGUCACCCCCGUCUCCACUCUGGAGCGGGAUCGAUACCGCUCUCAGCCGACCCUACCCACCAGCCCAAUGCAGAUGUCCCCCGUCAUCCAAUCAGGCGGUAGUGCAACAUCCUCGCCAGCGAUGCUCGGGAUAAGAAGACAUAGUUCAAACUAUCAGAGGGCCCAGUCAUCUAUGCAACUCGACACAUAUUACGGAGACAACAGUUUACACAAACGGCAGUACACAGGGUCAGAGAAGAAAACCCCAUAUUUCAUUGGGACCUAUUCCUCCCAGUCAGGAGAGGAUCUGAGAAGAUCCCAGCACCCAGAGCCAUUCUACGACGAACCCGACAGGAAGAACUUCAACAGCUACAGAAUGUACCUGUCGUCCCCACAAGGCUACGGCGAGGAGCACUUUGAGGACGAACCAGCCCACCUCACCCCGUCGUCACCCGACGGCUACGCCACCCAGUCGCUCCGAUUCAAAGCCAACACCAACUAUGUGGACUUCUACUCCACCACACGGAGGCCUUCAAAUAGGGCGAACAAGUUCACCGGCUCCCCCGACUCGUGGGUGUAGAAAGAAAAUGGACACCAUGGACAUCAAGUCUUCACCGCGUUGGCUGUCCGUUCCUGUGGGUGUAUGUGUGCGGGGAGUGCAUUGUGUGGCUGCGUGAAAGGUUGCGGAUGCAUGUGUGUGUGUGUGUGUGUGUGUGUGUGUACUGAAACUGUGCUGAAUGACCAGGGCUUGGUUUGCCACGUGCAGUCAAACUGCACGAUAAUAAUAACAAACUAUCCCUUUAUUUUUGACUCCGAAGCUAAAAGCAAACCAAACAAACACAAAAAAGUCAUAAAGUUUUAUCAGAGGUUUAUUGGAUAACAUAAAGAAGCAGUGCAGUAUGAAAUUGUUUGCUAGUUUUAUGAGCUUCAGGCUGCAAAACUAGAAUAUUCUGAAAUAUUUCCACCAUGUUGUUUGGCCGUUGCAUACAAUUUAUAAUUCCCACACACUUGUAAAGGUGUUGGUUAGAGGCACAAACAGUCUAAAAGAUGGACGUAGCCACCGUUACCUUACCCACCCCCCUCAGUGAAGUCCCUUCGAGCUGAUGGUCUUCCGGCUAAAUGUGACAAAUGAGGAGUGGAUCUACCACACCCACUCCCAUACCACAAUUUGCAAAAUAAACACUAUGCUGUACUCAGUAACACUUGAAACUAGCGACUGAGACCAUGAACUCAUUGGGAAAAUGUUUACUAAGGUUGCAUAGACUUCUACAAUCUACAGUAAGAGCCAGAAAUCCUUAGAGAAGAGUUUGUAUGCUUUAAAUCCCGGAAAGAUUAAAUCAGAUUAAACUGGGAACUCCCCAGUUAUCCAGGACUAUCUCAUAGCACCACUAUCAAACUGGAAGUCCACAGAGUGGCAGUUCUUGUGUAUAUUUAAGACAAUUCUCUGAUAUAGCUAUGACCUUACUGAGACUCGGCGUGUUAACCACGAUGUUAAAUUCUGGAAAUCAUCGCCAAGAGUGAACAACCAUCAAGGAUCAAAAGUAAGUCUUGUUGCUUUGAUUAUACUAAAUUGGAUUGUUUCUAAGGAAGAUUUUGCGUUUUAAUUGAUAGGUUUUUGUAAACAAUGAUCAGGAUGUGAAACAAAUUGUCUUGGGCUUUGCCAUUUCUGCCAGAAGCUAAGUCAACAGACUAGCUAAUGGGUUCCCAAGGCUUAGUCAAAAGGUGCUUUUUAAACAAAAAAAGAAAAAAACCUAGCCCUAACAUUGUUGUUUACUCGAGUGUUUGUUCACGUCAACUGAUUUCAUUUUUCUCUGCAGUAAAAGUGUGCAGUGUGUUGGCUUUAUAACAUAAAUAUCGUCCGCCAGCAUCAUCUUGAAUGCAAGAGAAAAAGAAACUUGCUGAAGCUGAGGAUCACACCCGGGACAAAUUCUAUUUACCAGUUAAAUAAAACCACUACUCCAAACAACAUAAAAGCUGCUCUAAAUAUUAUUUGACCUGGGUUUGGAGAUGAACAUCCUCACUCUCAUGAACCUUUAAAGACUCAGAGAACCGGGGUUAAACCUGUAACCCUCUGCUUUUCUGUAAUGUUGGCCAAAAGUGCAGUAUAUCAUAAAGUAUGUGAAAUAUGUGGAAAAACAAAAGUGAAAAUCUAUUUGUACAGAUAAAAAUGGUUUAACUGUCCUGUUACAUUGUUGUAUUCAAUAUGUAGAACUUUCUUAUGUGAUUGUGAGGAAGAUUUUUGUAUUAUUUAUCGAUUAUUUUUAUUAAUUUAAUUGUGACCUGACCAAAAUACCCAAUCUGUCUGUUCUGUCUAAAACUGAUAAUGAUGAUGUGUUACAGAGGGAAAUAAUAUGUAUAGGGAUUAAAGAUUAUAUCACGAUGA